AUUUAUUGUUUUUCUUCUCUAUUUUAUUUUACACAUAAUAUGAACUCUUUAACUAAAUCUGUCGCUGUAUUCGGUCGUGCUACCAAGCAAGUCUACUUUACUCCUGCUGCAUCACUUCAUGUAUCCUCUUUACUUGCUCGUGAAUCCGUCGUUGACAAGGCCAAGAAUGUGGCUGACCGGGUAAACAAGAAGACCGGUGAAAAGUUGAGCGACGUUCUCGAAGGUGCCGAAAAGGUAACAGAAACUGCUACUCAUCAAGCCCAAAAAGUCAAGGACAAGGCUGCCCAUUUGACAGAUGAUGCCAUGCACGAAGCUGACAAACGUACUCCUUCCGAAAAGACAAUCUUAGAAACUUUAAAGGGUGGUGUUGAAGCCGCAAAGGAAGCUGUUGGUCUUGGUUCAAAGAAGGCAAGCCAUGCUGCUGAAGAAUUCAAAGAUGAAGCAGCCACAAAAGCCAAGCGUGUUAUGCACAGUGUUGAUGAAGCCUCUGAUAAAGCAAGUAACGCUGCUCACCACGCAAAGAAAACGGCAGGUAGCGUCGCUGAUGAUGUCAAGGCCAAGGCAAACGAAACUGCUCGUGAUGCACGCGAUACAACCACAAAUGUUGCUUAUGAAGCUCAAAACAAGGCUGCUAAUGCUGCUACGGGUGCAAAGGAAAAGGCAAAGAAGGCUGCUGACUCUAUGGGACACUAAAUUUUGUAUUUAUUUCGUGUAUUUUGUUUCUUU